GCAAGCUUAGGUUAGGUUGCCGGUAUUUCUGUUCGCCGAUUCUGUCAAUAUAAUUUUCACUAUUUUUUAGUAGAUUGCAGCAUAAUAAUGGAAAGAACUAGGAUUGAUUUUCGGAUCAAAGUGGACCUCUCCAAGUUUUUUCAAGAUCAUAGAAAAACCAGUUGGAUAUUCGUCGACUCGUCCACUAUUUUGUACAUCAAACACCUCAAAGAACACAUUUCGAAACUCUUUGACAUCAAAGAACCCUUUUAUCUUCUGUGCGAAUCUACAUAUUUACCUUUCGAUGAAGACGUACGCAUCGUUCGCAAUGAUAAUUUUGUAACAUUAGUGCCUGGCACUUUAGUCGAUAAUAGUUCAAAUGCCACGGGAGGAUGGCCUCCUAUCAAUUCUCUUAAGGAAGCAGUUUCGCAAAGUUCAAGCGCCCAAGCCAGCACUUUUGAUGAAAAAGAAGUACAAACUGAUAGAGAUGAUCAAGCUUUAUCAAGAAAUUCUCUUAAUGGGGACGUAACUAUGAGGAUUACCUCUGAUGAAACAUUACCAGAACCAGGAACAGUCAACGCUACAGUGUACCAUAGCAUUUUGGAUGAGUCGGAAGUCAACAGUGGAACUGAGUCACGAGUCACAGACAGUCUGAUGACAGAGGAUUACAGUAUGGAUCUGAACACACCAGCCAAAAGGAAACGUACUCGUCGAAAAAGGGUGAAGAGACUAUCCAAUGAAAUCACGAAUCGAGUCUCUGUCGUCCAAGAGGAGCCAAAAAAGCCAAAAAUAAUCGACUCUGUCUUAAUUGCAUCCGGUAAGCACAUCAGAUUCAAUGGCGCCGAAGAAGAGAUCGUUUCUCAAAGUAGCUGUCCAACAAUCAAUUUUAAUUUUCCCAAAUUUAACGAUACUCCCGGGCCAAAAAAAACUGCACUCACCAAAGAUCUUGAUACUCUUUUGGCACUGAAACAAUGCUCGACGCCUUUAACUUUUUCCUGUAAAAAAGUUGACAAGGAAGUGAAAAUGGAGAGAAUCUCGAAAUCGCUGACAGACGAAGAAGAUGAAGAAAAUCUGACUGAGUCUGCCCGAAACAUUGUGCCGAAAGAGAUUAAGAAGCAGAAGAAGGAUCUCCAGAUUGAGGAUAUUGUGCCAGAAAAUUAUCCACUUUUUGAGGCACUUCCAAAAGCAGAUGAUGUUAUUGCCUUCAAGCUUUUUAAAAUGGGAGAUGACUACACGCCACAUAUUUCGAAAUACAUCAUUGGAAAAAUCUUAGCUAUCCAGCCGAUAACAUCACUCUGCACAAUCAAGAUUCUGAGAGGAAAAACGGAAAUUCAACAUCCAAAAGGAAAAUUCGCGCUUCCCGAUGAAGAAGAAGAAGAAGAACUCCUAGCUGAUGAGAUAAAGCUAAAUCCCAGUCAGCUUUUGGAAGCACGAUUGAUCUCGACCAACGACGAGUAAUAUUUUUUAUUACGAAAAUCUUUUUUCGCAUUCAAUGACAUUUAAAGUUGAACUUUUUUUCCUGUCUUCAAUAUUCGUUCAUAAUUUAUUACUUUUCAAGUGGUUAUUUUGCAAUUUACGUAUCGUGUUCGUCUAGUUUAUAAAUGUUGAGAAAGAUAAAAAAAAAUAUUUUACAAAUUCUUGAUAUCGAUUCUUCGU